CAAAUGUGGCCAAAUAUGCUUAAGAUUUGGUGCCACAAUUGCAACAGGCAUUUCUCGCUUCUUCUCCCAUGGCCGUUUGCAGAGGUGGCACCUUUUUGAAGCAUAGACCGCAAUCGUCGCGCGGCGGGGAAAGCGACGAAGAGAAAAAAUAAGGGAGAGAACUCAUUUCGGAAGCAGCAUGAGAGCGGGAGAGCUUGAGAAAUUGUUCAAUAUGGAUCAUCUGCAGCAAGAAACAGCACCAUAUCUUGAGAAAUAGGAGCUGGACCUCGGUACAGACCCAUGCUGAAAUCCGACUUCUCGCCAUGCCCUGGGCAAUAUCUACAAUUGAUGAGAUGCCGCGAGGCUGUUUAGCCAAGGGAAGAGCACAUAACGCAAUUUACGUGUAUCAAACUGCUGCGGCGUUGAAUAACCGCAACCAACUCUACGUUUGCACUUUUUACAACUUGCAAAAUUAUUUGCCAGACAUCGCACAUGAUUGUGGGACACUAAACCGCAGUGACUGCGAGCAAACAAUACAAACGCUUGAGCCCUAAACAAUUACUACAAACAAUUACAUGUCGAUACAGAAACUUCCCCUCCCAACUGCAUGCCGCCGUCUUCUUUAGACUCCCCCUACCAACACACACGUACCCAGCCCUUCAGCCAGACAGGGGUUCGACUUGGUUCUUCCAUGCAUACAUUUCCCGCUA